CAACAGUGUGUCUAUCUGCCGCAAUAAACACAAACACAGCUUCCCCCACUUCCCCUUUACUCGUAUCAGUCCAAUCAGACGCACCCACAGGAAAAUAAAUAACCACAUACCAUCUAAAAAAAGAAAACUAAUUCAACCCUUUUUCUGUAGAGCAAAAACCCAUUUCCGUUCGCUCGUCUUCCCGGAAAAAAAUGAAAGAUCGUACCGAGAGCGGAGGAGGAGGGUAUGUGAGAGCCGACCAGAUAGAUUUGAAGAGUUUGGACGAGCAGUUGCAGAGGCAUAUGAACAGAGCAUGGACGACGGAGAAGGAAACAGGGGAAGAGGAAGCCAACAACAGCAGCGGCAUCAACCAGUUUCAGCAACAUCGGCAGUUGGUGUUGCAGAGACCUGUCGGCGUCGGAUUUCGAGAUAAGACGGCGGUUAGAAGACAAGAGUGGGAGAUUGAUCCUUCUAAGCUCAUCAUCAAAAGCGUAAUUGCUCGUGGCACUUUUGGCACUGUUCACCGCGGCAUUUACGACGGCCAAGAUGUCGCCGUGAAGCUGCUUGACUGGGGAGAAGAGGGUCACAGGUCAGACGCUGAGAUUGCUUCCCUUAGAGCUUCUUUCACUCAAGAAGUUGCUGUCUGGCACAAGCUUGACCAUCCCAACGUAACCAAGUUUAUAGGAGCGGCCAUUGGGACAUCAGAGCUGAACAUUCAGACAGAUAACGGGGAGAUGGGAAUGCCGAGCAAUGUGUGCUGUGUUGUUGUGGAGUACUGUCCUGGCGGUGCCCUCAAGUCUUACCUCAUCAAGAGCCGCCGCCGCAAACUCGCUUUCAAAGUCGUCAUCCAACUUGCCCUUGAUCUCGCCCGAGGGUUGAGCUACCUUCACUCGAAGAAGAUAGUGCAUAGAGACGUGAAAACUGAAAACAUGCUAUUGGACAAGACUCGUACUGUCAAGAUAGCCGACUUUGGUGUGGCCCGUCUCGAGGCUUCUAACCCCAACGACAUGACUGGUGAGACCGGAACUUUGGGUUACAUGGCCCCCGAGGUCCUAAACGGGAAUCCGUACAACAGAAAGUGUGAUGUGUACAGCUUCGGGAUAUGCUUAUGGGAGAUAUACUGUUGCGACAUGCCUUACCCUGACCUCAGCUUCUCCGAGGUCACCUCGGCCGUUGUCCGCCAGAAUCUGAGGCCAGAGAUACCGAGAUGUUGCCCGAGCGCGCUGGCGAACGUGAUGAAGAGAUGCUGGGACGCAAACCCCGAGAAGAGGCCGGAGAUGGAGGAGGUGGUGACCAUGUUGGAAGCCAUUGACACCUCCAAAGGCGGCGGAAUGAUCCCUCCCGACCAACAACAAGGCUGUCUCUGUUUCCGCCGGCACCGAGGGCCAUGACCUUUACCUUUACCAUAAUGAAUUUUACUUGAUGUCUGUUUUAUUAUAGGAAAUGGAUUUGUCUGUAGGAUGAAUGCCUUCUGUUACGUUGUUAUACAGGACACCAAACAGAAAAAGCUCGCGUCUCUGGUUCUGGUUGGUCGUAUUAGAUUAACUUCUAUUGUUUUUUUCCUU